UUUAUGCACAAGGCGCUCCUCUCCGUCGGAAGAUCAUCAUGGAGUACAAACGCUCAUCUGAUCAUCAACGAUAACCUUCUCCUUCCAAAGCUUAGCUCGGCGCCGGAGAAGCUCCGAUCGUCGUUCGACGCCGCCGAUGUCCUCCGCCUCUCGCUCCAGCAGCCUCUCUCUCCACGACGACCGUCGGUUCCCGCAUCGCCAUCGCUCCGCCUCCGGGGCCAGGCCGCACCGCCUCUCGUUCCCGGCCAAGCGCCAGAAGUUCGUCGUACUCCGCCACCUCGGGAGCGUCGGCGCCUCGUUCUCGGUGCAUUUCUCGCUGCGUAGCCAGGGAAGCGGAGCUGAACGCGGCGUCGGCUUCGGGAGCGCUCGGAGUCGGUGGCGGUCGGUCGCUUCGUUUCUGCCCGGAGGCGGUUGGUGGACCUUGCGUGGUGACUCGGAGGACGCGGGAGCUGCAGAUGCGAAGUCGGUCUCGGUGGUGACCGCUCUGCGCUGGAUUUGGGGCUUGAUUGCUGAAGAUAGAUUGGUGAUUUAUGUUGCAUUUGGCUCUCUCGCAGUCGCUGCGCUUUCAGAAAUCACAAUGCCAAGCCUACUGGCAGCUUCCAUAUUCACUGCACAGAGUGGUUGCAGAGACCUGUUUUAUAGACAGGUUCAGCUUUUGGGUAUAUUGUGUUGCACUUCAGGAAUAUGCAGUGGCUUGCGCAGUGGAUGCUUUGCUGUUGCAAAUACAAUCUUGGUCAAGCGUCUCCGGGAAACUAUAUUUUCAACACUUGUUUUUCAGCAUAUAGGUUUUUUUGACACAAAAUCAGUUGGUGAUCUAAUGAGUAGGCUUGGAUCAGAUUGUCAGAGACUCUCUCAUGUUAUUGGAAACGAUAUGAACCUAAUAAUACGCAAUGUUCUUCAGGGGACAGGAGCUUUGGUUAAUUUACUGAGCUUGUCAUGGCCCCUUACAAUGUCAACGUUGGUUAUAUGCUCAGUCCUAUCUGCAGUUUUUUUGGUUUAUGGCCGGUACCAGAAGAAUGCUGCGAAGUUAAGCCAAGAAUUUACUGCUAAAGCCAACGAAGUUGCUGAAGACACUCUUACCCUGAUGAAGACCGUUCGAGUUUAUGGAACAGAAGGAAUGGAAAUUGGAAGGUAUAAGCUAUUGCUUGAGAGGUUAGGUUCUGUAAGCAUUCGUGAAGCUGCGGCUUAUGGAUUAUGGAAUCUGAGUUUCCACACCCUUUAUCGUUUGACACAGGUUUUGGCACUGCUGUUAGGAGGAUUGUCCAUUCUGACAGGUUACGUGUCCCCUGAGCAACUUACUAAGUAUAUCUUGUACUGUGAGUGGAUGAUUUAUGCAACUUGGAGGUUGGCAGAUAGCUUAACGUUGUUGUUGCAGUCCAUUGGAUCUAGUGAAGAGGUUUUUCAUCUAAUGAGUCUGUCACCAAGUCAUCAGUACCUGUCAAAAGGCAAGCACACUGAAGAGAAUGCAACCGUUCAUGAAAAAGCUGAAGAAGGGUUGAAAAUACAGAAGCUAAGGGGACACGUUCAGUUCGUUGAUGUAUCUUUCCAGUAUCCUUCAAGGAUUACGGUACCAGCUCUAGCAAACGUUAACUUCUCUAUACAACCAAAUGAAGUGGUUGCAAUCGUUGGCGCAAGUGGUUGUGGGAAAAGCUCGUUAGUUAGUCUCUUGCUUCGUUUAUAUGAUCCAGUUGAUGGUCAGGUAUGCUGCACUAAUAUUGGGCGUAUGUUGAAUCAGGAAAUCUCAAUGAACUUGGCAGUAACAACUUUUUCUCUGCAUCGUAGAUUUAUAUUAGCUCCAUGGUUAUUAAAAUUCCCAAAUUUGCAGAUUUAUAUUGACGGUUUCCCCAUAAAGGAGUUGGAUAUAAGGUGUCUCAGAGAAAAAAUUGGAUUCGUGGGACAGGAACCGCAUCUCUUUCACAUGGAUAUCUCAUCAAACAUUAGCUAUGGAUGCUCUGGAAAGGUGAAUCAGGAAGAUGUAGAGUUGGCUGCAAGCCAAGCUGGUGCCCACGAUUUUAUUUCAACUCUUCCCGAUGGAUACCAGACUGUCGUUCAUGAUGGGUUGCUCAGCGGCGGACAGAAGCAGAGAAUCGCUAUUGCUAGAGCCAUCCUGAGAGAUCCUGCUAUUCUGAUCCUGGAUGAAGCGACCAGUGCCCUGGAUGCGGAAAGCGAACGGCGAAUCAAGGGCCUAAUCUUCAAUCAAACAGCAAGAACCGUCAUCGUCAUAGCACACAGGCUCGGUACUGUUGAAAAUGCCGAUAGAAUCAUCGUAAUGCAUGGCGGUCGAGUUGUGGAGGUGGGAACGCACAAGGAACUCCUCCUCAGGGACGGCUUCUACGCUCGUCUGAUCAGAAAUCGGGAAGAUUCAAUUGGGUUCUGACUUGGGAAUGAUGUUGGAAGAACGAGCAAAUGGGAACUUUCAACCACAGGUGCGCGGCUUUAAACGGCCUAUUGAUAGGCUCAUUCCUUGUUUAUUUCUUCGUUUUCUUUUCUGUAUCGUCACUAGCGGCAAGUUGGAAAUGGUGGAAAAGGUGGAUUGCUUCAAAAAGGCAUCCCGAACGCAAAUAGGAAUCUUCACCCAUGUAUAGUCCACCUCUUCUCAUUGUAGUUGUACGAUGUCCUAUUCAGGUAACAUGAAAUGAUUUCCGUAGGGGCAUCUAUUACGCUUGCCCCUUAAUUUGCA